UGAGCGACAGCCCGCCAGAGCAGGAGCCUCCUCUCGGCCACCUGGGCGAUGCUAGCUGCCCUCGCCCUCCUCCUGGGGCUGCCGCUCGCCCUCACCGCCGACCCCCCUGGCUGCGCCCCGCUCCUCACCGUCACCCUCGACAAUGCCACCGUCCCUGGGCUCCUGGGACAGUGGAUCUACAUCGCCGGCGCCUCCAGGUACGAGCCUCACCUGGCAGAGCUGAGGGCUGUGAAACACGCGGUUUUUUCCUUCUCUCCCGGCAGCCACGAGGACGAGCUCAACGUCACCGAAAUCAUGAGACUGAACGAGACGUGCGUGGUGAGGAACACCAGCAAGAUCCUCAUCUUUUGGCACAACUCUACCCUGGCACAUGUCGAUGACCAGAUCUUUUCCACGGCCAAACUGAUCCAAAACGACAAGGACCUGCUGAUCAUGAAGCAUCUCAACCCCAGCUCCCCAGGUCUGAGCCUCUCGGCGCGGACGCCCAACGUGACCAAGGAGCAGAUGGAGGAGUUCAAAGCCCACCUGCACUGCCUGGGCCUCACCGAGGAGGACGUGUUCUUCACCUCCGAAAAGGACGCCUGUCCCCUGCCCGGGGAGAAGAUGGGGGAAGACGAUGCGGAGCCGCAGUCGGGGUAAACCCCAGGGGCCGGGUCAGCUGCUCCAUCCUCAUCCUCAUCCUCCUCCAGCCCCUCUGCAGGGAUGUCACUGCCCGCCAGGGCCAGCUCAGCCUCAGGACUUUCUAGGGAGAUUUCGUUUUUUCCUCCUGGAUGAAACACCUCGUUUCCCUGUUCUCACCUGGACCAGAAAUAAACCCUCGUGUUACA